AUGAAAUCGCACGAGAACAGUGCCGUGUUGUGCGCAACCAUUGCGGUGCAUUGCAUACAACGGCAAGCAGAUAUUAUAAAUGAACGCGGAUUCAAUCCGACAUUCAAGAUCCUAGGCCAAAUUCACCAUCGAAUUGGAUCAUUGCUACCACUUGAAGGCGCACAACAUAAAUUCCUUCAAAUUUACUUCAUGGGCAAUGUGGAACAUCAACUUGAUCAGUGCCAAACAAUCAAUACAAAAAUGAGAAGAGGAAUUCUUCGCGAUUUGCAGCAGCUGCUUCAUGAACAUCAUGCAUUGGUUCGGUUAUUCAAAACUGCGUUGGAUCGCAUGCCAAAUGAUGACUAUAAAGUCGUGAUCAGAGCGGAUAAACGACCUGCUGGAAUGCACGAACGCCAAUUUAACGCUCCAACAAUAGAUGAGGUUGCAGUUGUGAUUGUCGGCGAAAGCCGGGAAUCACGCGAUAUUGUACUCACACGUCGGGACUCUGGGCAAUUGCAACGAAUAUCCGAAACUCAUCGUUCAUACGAUGCAUUGCAAUACCCACUGAUGUUUUGGCAAGGAGACGAUGGAUAUUAUAUCAACAUCAAUAUGAUAAAUCCAUCGACCGGUGAGGAAACUACCAGGAAGGUCAGCGGAAUGACUUUUUACGCGUAUCGUUUGAUGAUUCGCCAAAAUGUUGACAACUAUUUUCUUCGAUUUCGCCGAUGGUUUCAGCAGUUUUGUGUCGAUAUGUAUGCCAAAAUAGAAGCGGAGUGCCUCCUUUUUAUCACUUUAAAUCAAACUAAACUACGUACGGAGCAGUACAUUCAUUUACGCGAUGCAAUUAGCACCGAAGGAAAUGCAUCUGAUUUUGGCGACGUUCGUUGGCAGCUCACGUCAUAUGCAUGAAUAUACGUGCAAUGACAUAUGUACGUCAUUACGGCCGUCCAGAC